CUGUCAGCAUAGUGAAGGAUAUCUCUCUGUCUUCAGUAACCUCUUCGACCCGGCUUGCCAUGGAGAACACCGCGCAAGGGAGGAAGCGCAAACUCGGUUCUCUUGCAUGCGAAUCGACUAGAAAAGAGAAACCCAUUAAGACUCUUGACAGCAGUGCGGCAAAGUUGCUCAUCGAUGGUCCGUCGUUCUGGAGCAAGGGAAAGUGGCCUAUGAAAGAGGUCGAACCGAUUCCUGAGCCUUCUUCCUCUACUUACAAGCCCUGCAAGUCUUCUCCAAAUGCUCUGCUCACCCUACGAGAUGCGAAAUCGAUUCGCGAAACCAUUGUCGACUACCUUUCCCCGUCUUCUACCGCUUACUCUGGCCUUGCCGAAGACGUGUCUUCCUUAAUGCGCGCACUGGAUGACCUCUUGGUCUCCAUUAAUGCUCAGACCGCGAAGGUUGUCUUCCGUACACGUGAAGAAGCUUUGUACAGACAUGGUCGUGCCAAGAGCAACGCGAAGAAGCUUAAGAAACAAGGUAAAGAAUUUCUUAGAAGCUUUAAGAAAACUGUAGCAGUGCAAGCGAAGGCUGGGAGAAUAAACGCGAAGGAAGUGAAAUCGUUGGUCAAGGAUGUCACGGAGGGAGUGAAAGAGGGAAUCGGUCAGACUUUGAAGAUAAAAAGGAGGGAGACGGGAUAUGGAAGGAAGGAACAUGGAUGCGGUGAGAAUGGGAGGAGCAAAGGGGGGACAAGGGCUCAGCGGAGGGCAGAGAAGGCAGAAAAAAGGAAGUUCUGCCGUGAAUACGGCCGCUGAGUAGUCGUUUAUGCAAAGUAGUGUUGUUCUAUCGGUUUUUGUACAUUAUGAUCUAGCUUGUCCUGUUCACCUUGAGUCCGAAGCCUGCUCUGAUGAGUAUUGGCUUCAAUUUGUAAAGAAUUCUCCCAUUUGUCCACUGUGUCAGUUUCUGUAUUGUCAUGUCGAAAUUUGUCUCAUUGACCCUAUCA